AUGUACAAUAUACAGUGCAGAGGGGGCAGAGUUACAGGGUUUUGCUUAUUGAUUUGUAGGGAAACCCCUGAUUUCGUGCAGAUACACCGAGAGGGGCAGCAGGAGAGAGAGACAAGCAGGGCGAGGGGUAGUUGAUGAGAGAGAGUCAUAGACAAAGUAAGUAAAUUGGAAAGGAGAAAACAUGAGAGAGAGAAGUGCAAGAGAGUGACAGUCUGCACACGGAACAGGAAGUAAAGUGUAAGAGAGAGAGGGGGCGGUAGAGAAAGAGAGGGGCAGAGAGACAGUAACUGAGUGAAUCAGUCCCCGCAGGACUUGCACAGGACUAACGCUGCCCUGCACGCAGCAGGGGUAUCACUUGGAAUGAAACUUCUAUCCUGCCCAAUGAAUAUCCUGCCUGAAGAUCAAAUCCAUUAAUCCCUGUUUCCGACAAUGAUGUGCUUCCCUCUUCCUCUCUGUACUAGAACUGCUCUCAACACGCAAUGAGCGACGCUACAAUGCAGCCUGUAUCCAUGGCGAUGCUGAACACAGUUACAUGCUGAGAGCAGCAUUCUGGAAGGCACAGUAACAUUUCAUUCCUGAAUUGGGGACAUAUACAUACAGAAAGUAAGAGGAAGUAUCAUAGAGUUGGAGGACCUCCACCACUUCUACCAUAGAGAACCUGGAAAUACUGGAUGGGUACAUAACUGGAAUAUGUCUUGCUAGUGGAAAUGUUGGAAAUUCCUAUAAGGGACAUUUACAACUUCCUUUUUGGAGCAUUCUCCGCCCACCCCUGAUCCAGGCCUAUGGAAAUGCAGGUGCAUGAUGGGAUAUCAUUCUGGCAUCGGAUUAAGAUCUUAACCUACAAAUUCCUCGCCCUCGUCCUUCUGAUUUCCUCAGGGUCUAGAGGGACUGGUGACAUUUGCAGACUCUGCUGCCACAUCCAAGGACUAAAGCACAAUUUAAACUGCAGCUGGGAGAGUCAGUCCCACACGGAGCACACCCUGUACGUGCUGCGCCUGAAAAAGCAAAGCUGUGGGCUUGGAAGCAGCCAAACUGACUGCCCGGAUAGCCACCUGUCUAUUCCUUCCCUACUGAACUUUACAGCCCCCGUGGGGCAGAACUGGCUGCUCAUACCCAGGAAAAAUCUGGUCAAGUUUUACCCAUAUCACCUUCGGCUGACGGCUGGGGGCAAAGAAGUGCAACUGAACCUCACGUACGACGUCAAUGGAGAGAAUGUGCUCCUUGAGCCGCCGGAGAUCACUGCUGUUGAGUCUGAAGAAGACAACAUUGUAGAGGUGAAGUGGAGAAACCAGGAACACGUGAGUGAUGAGCAGAAGGUGGAACUGAGGUACCGGAUGGUGGGAGCCGCCAACUGGACGGAGGUUCCCAAUAACAAACUGGAACCGGGCUCCUGUGAACUGACUGACCUGGAACCCUAUGUGGAGUACAAGCUCCAGAUCCGUUAUGUGGCAGAUGGUUCCAGUAGUAAGAAGGGCAGCAGAUGGAGCGAAACACUAACAUUCUGCACUCCAGAUCAAGUGCCCUGUGGCCUUCUAGAUGUCUGGCGAAGUACGGAGAAGCCACCAUUUUUGCUCAUCCAAUGGAAGCCAUUGGGCACCACCAGGGGUAAAAUCUUGGGCUACAAUGUGACCUAUACUGAUGGCGGCCAGGCUAAUAGCGCGGAGGCACAGUGCUGUCACAUCAAGCUGCCGGCUGGGGCCACGGAUAUCUGCGUCAGCCCCAGAAACCAGCACGGACUUGGCUAUGGCAGCUGUGUCACACCCCCCUGCUCAGAACCGGCCCCUCCCUCAGGUAUUAAAGUUUGGGCCGACGGGUCUGGAGGUAUUAAGGUAUCAGGGGUAGCGACAUUGCCCCCUCCCAAAGAUCCUCACUCGUACCUGGUUGAGUGGAAGGAACUCACAUUAGCCAGAAACCCAUUCCUGAAUUGGACCAGGUUCCGAGCAACCAAUCAAAACUUUACUCUGCCAGGUGACUUUGCCCCUUUUGCCCCAUACGGCGUGGCUGUGUUUGCCCUUUACCAGAACAGCUGUGCGGGAGUCGUAUCCACUGUUGUGUACAGCCAGGAGAAUGCACCCUCUGCUGGCCCCAACGUCUCCAUACGCCUGAUAUCCUCCGCGGAAGCACAUAUAUCAUGGGACGAGGUACCACUUCCGAACAGGAGAGGAAACAUUACUGGUUACACCAUCUACCUGAACAGCUCGGAACAUUCUCGGCAGAAAUCAGCUCUGUGGUCCAGGUCUGUGUUUGCUCAUGGUAGGAAUGAUUGCGUCUCUGGCUUAUCACCGGACACCGCAUAUACUGUAUGGAUGACGGCAUGGACAAGGGCAGGGGAAGGACCCCUGGGCAGUAUCAGGAAGUUUCGGACAACAGGUCGUACCUACAAUCCGCUGGUCAUCAUCAUCAUUGUUGUACUGACCGUGUUCUUCCUGCUGCUGGCCAUCCUAUUCUCCCUCUGGACCAAGCGGGUGCUGCGCAAAUGGUUCUGGCCCAGAAUCCCCAUCCCCAACCUGGAGAACAAUGCGGAACUCAGCAGGAUCCAGAACAACAAUAACUGGGACCUGGAACAGGAGAACCCCAACACACCCAUCGCCAUCGUGGAGGAGAUUGAGCCCCCAACGUGUCCUCCAAGACCUCAGCAGGGGACCUUUACAUCUGGAUAUGAAAAACAUUUUCUCCCCACCCAAGAAGAGGUGAUGGGUCUCUGGUGACCAGGGGGGCAGUUUUUUCCUACUCAAAGACUUGCUGAGAGGCCCUAGUGGAGAAGCUCUCAAUGGAGAUCUGGCCAAGGGGCAGGAGAGUGGACUGGGCUUAGUGGACUGAACUGCUGAGGACCUUGAUCCCAACAAAGCUAUUAGGAGUUCUCUAAGCAGGCGCAGAUCCCACCACAAGGAAGCAGAGUUGGGUCCAUCGUAACAAGGAAGCAGAGUUGGGUCCAUCUGAACACGGAAGCAGAGUUGGGUCCAUCUGA